UGUCCGCAGUCUCUGGUCAUCCCCUGUACUGUGUCCGCAGUCUCUUGGUCAUCUCCUGUAGUGUGUCCGCAGUCUCUGGUCAUCUCUUGUACUGUGUCCGCAGUCACUGGUCAUCUCUUGUACUGUGUCCGCAGUCACUGGUCAUCUCCUGUACUGUGUCCACAGUCUCUGGUCAUCUCCUGUACUGUGUUCGCAGUCUCUGGUCCUCUCCUGUACUAUGACCGCAGUCUCUGGUCAUCUCCUGUACUAUGACCGCAGUCUCUGGUCAUCUCUUGUACUAUGACCGCAGUCUCUGGUCAUCUCUUGUACUAUGACCGCAGUCUCUGGUCAUCUCCUGUACUGUGUCCGCAGU